AUGGCUGGCGUGAGUACUGAACCGAGGCCUUCGCCGCUCAAGGUGGCGGCUUCCGUAUCCUUUUACAUGGUCGCUGCGAUUGCUAUGAUUCUGGCUAACAAGUGGGUUUUAAACGAGACCGACGCGCCCGUCUUUUUCCUGUUUUGUCAAUUGGUAGUGGCUGUCCUGCUAUUUGUCAUCGCGCAUGUGGUCGGCAUUUUAAAGUUACCGAGGAUGGUGGACGGGCCGUUGCUCAAGGGACUAAUGCCGAUGAUCGCGGUGAACGUCUUAGGCCUAAAUUUUAACAAUUGGUGUCUCAAAUACGUCGAUGCAUCGUUUUACCAAAUCGCACGAGGGCUGGUGCUUCCGUUUACAGUGAUCACGUCGAUCAUGUUCCUCCGCGCUGCGCCACCGUCGAAACGAAUCUUGUUGGCCUGCUCGAUCGUCACUGGCGGGUUCUUCACCGGUGUAUUCUUGGACCAUGUUACCGCCAGCGGUCUCGCGUCGUCCAAAGAUGCUGCUUCUCAACCUCAAGGACCCUCGGCGCUGGGCGUAUUCUUCGGGAUUCUUUCGUCGAUGAGUACGGCUCUCCAGGCGGUUGUGAUCAAGCGGGCUUUGGACGUGGUAGACGGAUCUGCGAUCGAUUUGGCAUGGUACACAAACCUACUGAGCGCCAUCGGGACUAUACCAGUGAUACUCCUAGCCGGUGAACUCCCCUCGGUGCUUAGUUUAUUAUUUGGCACAACCAACAGCGCCGCGCUGGGCACGUUUUUGUGGGGUACGGCAGUGACGUCGGUGUACUUGAUGACCUUUGACACGCCCAUCUACUCUGUGGGAGGCACCGUCCGAACUGCCCACAAGCGCCCAAACCGGUCGCGGCCAUCGCCUUGCUCGUCCCCGAUAUCCUCACCGAUGCAGGUAUCGCCCUAUCCGCCCAUCUUCCCCAAGCGAAGCCCCAGUGUUGGUCUUCGCCAGCGCCGACGAGACAGCACAGACAUUCCCUCUGUCGAUGUUGCAGUCCAGGCAGGAAAUGGGAAUUUGGAAAAUUUGUUCGAGGACGACCUGAGCACUCCCGAGCUGCUCGAACCGCCCUCUUUACCGCCUGCCAAGAUCGACUGGGAGAUUCCGCGCAAGGCUCUGCAUUCCUCCAUCGGUUUCCUCGUAUUGCCCUUGUAUUUUUCGCGUCCCGAAGUCGCCCCGAUAAUCGAGGCGUUGACAUAUGGAUUGGCAUUUGUCACGGCUGCCGAUGUCCUCCGACUCAACAUUCCCCCUUUGCUCGCCUCUACGAAAAAUUCCUCGAAAGCGAUCAACGGCGUCAUCUGGUACCUUGUGGGGGUCAUCUUUGUCCUCAAGUUCUAUCCUCGGGACGUCGCAGUGGUUUCCAUCCUCAUUUUGUCCUGGUGUGACACGGCCGCGUCCACUGUUGGUCGGGCCUGGGGCCGGUACACACCCAAGCUGCCCCGUAGCAUCCUCUACAUCCCCAUUGCCCCUCGCAAGUCUCUCGCCGGCGCGCUCGGAGCCAUCGUAACCGGUUCUCUUAUCGCCUUCUCCUUCUGGGGAUGGGCCGUGACUCCCGAAUACAUUCCUAACGAGACUCCCGCCUGGCACUGGGCCCAAGGAGGCUGGCUCGGUCUCGGUGCCCUGAGCUUGUGCUCCGGUCUCGCGGCGGGAAUCACCGAAGCGCUGGAUAUCGGAGGACUCGACGAUAACCUCACGUUGCCUAUCAUCAGUGGUGGCCUCGUCUGGGGAAUUGCUCGUUUGAUUACCGCCUUGCUAUAG